AGUUUAUAUAGAAAAUGGCGGAACAGUGAUGCUGUCUUCAAAAUAAGAAGUAAUAACGCCCUCUCCAGGCAGCUCUCGAGUGCAACGUUGGGCUAAAGCAGCUUUAUUGUGAAAGGUGUUGUCCGGACGUACAUUUGUUGUUCGUCCCAGCUUCCCGCUGCUGAAGACUCGGACUUACUGCAUGUCGCUAGUGUGGAGUGCAGACCAGUCUAACUUUGCAUGCCUGUAUAGUUUUAGAUAAGGCGAUAUUUUAGGAAUUUAUCGGGGCGCCUGCGGUCCUGCCGGCUGGAAACCAGAAAUCUCAAUAAAAUCGUAUCUUGGGUCACUAGUUUGGUCACAUAUUUCACAGAGUUAGCUCUAUGACUGCCUGAAUAACACGCUUGUGUAACUCGCGACAAGUCGUUAUUUUGUUGAGAAAAAAAAAUACUUUUUGUUCUAGCGACCUAAAAACCUUCAAUUAGCCACAUUAGCUGUAUCGUCUGCUUCGCUAUUGGAAACAAUGAGCUGAGUGUAACUCCCCCAGGUUAUACACUUGAAUUGCGAAAGAAGAAAGUCGCAGUGCAUCCCCUCACUGCCCCAAACCAGAUGAAUCUGAGGAACCGCUGGGCACAGCCAUGGAGACUGGAGGUACCAAUGAUGUUAGUGUGAAAUCUGAGAAAGUGACAUCUGAAGUGGUUAUCACAAAGGAAAUGGAGGAAGAAGAGAAGCAGCUCAUGGAAGAAGGUGAAAGGAAAGAGAAGGAGAUGAUGGAAAAGGCCCGGGAAUCAUGGGAGAGGGAUUCUCAUGACAUGCGGUUUAAGAGACUGCAGCAUCUGCUUCAGAAGAGCAACAUCUACUCUAAAUUCCUGCUGACUAAAAUGGAGCAACAACAGAAUGAGGAGAAACUCAGGAAGGAGAAACUGGAAAAGAAGGCCAAGAAGAUUCAGAGCACAAAUGGUGCAGAACCUGACAAAGAUAAAAAGAAGAGGAGGAGGGAUGAAGACUACAAAAUAUCAGAUGUCAUGUCAAAAGAAGAAAUCAUGUCACAGGCUAAGAAAGCAAAGGUGGAGGAAGCGGGUGAGGCACCAGCCCAGAGAAAACUAGAAGCUGAGGAUAUUGAGAAGAUGAGUGACUCGAACCAAGACAUCAAGAACCGUCUAUCGGAGACGGUGCGAGACAACGCCAAGCAUCUCCUUCAUCCUCACAGGAAGGUGAACGGCCAGCCAGUCCCCACCCAGCAACCACAGCUCUUCACUGGAGGGAUCAUGAGGUGGUACCAGAUCGAAGGCAUCGAGUGGCUGAGGAUGUUGUGGGAGAAUGGCAUCAAUGGGAUCCUGGCUGAUGAGAUGGGACUAGGAAAGACAAUCCAGUGCAUCGCUCACAUCGCCAUGAUGAUAGAAAAGAAAGUGAUGGGCCCCUUCCUGGUGGUUGCCCCUCUCUCCACUCUACCCAACUGGAUCAAUGAAUUCAAGCGCUUCACACCAGAGGUGUCUGUGCUGCUUUACCACGGCCCCCAGUCAGAGAGGGCCAAACUGCUGAAGCAGAUCCGCAGGCCUCAGGGGCCCCUCAGCAUGUGUCCGGUGGUCAUCACCUCCUUUGAGAUCUCCAUGAUUGACAGAAAAUUACUCCAGCGCUUCCAGUGGAAGUACCUGAUAGUGGACGAAGGUCACCGGAUCAAAAACCUCAACUGUCGGCUGGUGCGGGAGCUGAAGAUGCUUCCCACCGACAACAAGCUGCUGCUGACAGGCACACCGCUGCAGAACAACCUGGCUGAGCUCUGGUCCCUCCUCAACUUCCUCCUGCCAGAGGUCUUUGAUGACCUCAAGAGCUUUGAGUCAUGGUUUGACAUUGACACCCUUGGUGAGGCUGAGAAUGUGGUUGCUGCUGAACGUGAGCAGAAUAUCCUGAGCAUGUUGCACCAGAUUCUGACUCCAUUCUUGCUGAGGAGGCUGAAAUCAGACGUGACGCUGGAAGUUCCUCCUAAGAAGGAGAUCAUCGUUUAUGCUCCUCUGACAGCCAAACAGGAGGCCUUUUACACUGCUGUGGUCAACAAGACCAUCACCAAGAUGUUGGGCCAGGAAAAGACAGAAGCUCCUGUAGAGCUAACAUCGAGUGGCAGGCCAAAGCGUCGCAGUCGAAAGGUGGUGGACUACAAUGAAGCAGUUGGCGACACACCGUACGACCUGGAGAAAUAUUUGGAGAGGGUCCGCAAGGAGGUCGAGCAAAGCUCCCCUCCAGUGCUGGAUGUUCAGAGCCCACUGGAUGCUCAGAUCAACCUAAAGCUACAGAACAUCCUCAUGCUGCUAAAGAGAUGCUGCAACCACCCUUACCUGGUUGAGUACCCCCUUGACCCUGCUACACAGGAGUUCAAGAUUGAUGAGCAGCUGGUGCAGAGCUCUGGGAAGUUUCUCAUACUGGACAGACUGCUACCUGCACUGAAGAAAAGGGGACACAAGGUUCUGAUCUUCAGUCAGAUGACGUCCAUCCUGGAUAUCUUGAUGGAUUACUGCUACCUGCGGGGCUUCCAGUACAGCCGACUGGAUGGCAGCAUGUCCUACUCUGACAGAGAUGAAAAUAUGACCAAGUUUUCCACAGAUCCAGAGGUGUUCCUGUUCCUGCUCAGCACCAGAGCAGGAGGACUUGGGAUCAACCUGACAGCUGCGGAUACAGUCAUCAUCUUUGACAGUGACUGGAACCCCCAGGCAGAUUUGCAGGCCCAGGACCGCUGUCACCGCAUUGGUCAAACCAAACCAGUGGUGGUGUAUCGCCUGGUCACAGCCAACACUAUCGACCAGAAGAUCUUGGAGAGGGCCUCAGCCAAGAGGAAGCUGGAGCAGAUGGUCAUUCACAAGAAUAAGUUCAAAGGUGGAAGGGCAGAGCUGAACCAAAGUAAAAGCUGCAUUGAUCUGGAUGAGCUGAUGGAGCUGCUCAAAGCCAGAGGCAAAGAGAAGGAGGUGAAAGCAUCAAGGGGGAAGGUGAUCAGUGACAAGGACCUGGAGAUUUUGCUGGAUCGCAGUGACUUGCUGGACAAUGGAAAGGAGGGCAUGAAGAAAGAAAAGGUGGGAGUCUUCAGAGUGAUCGAUGCCAAAGAGUCAUCAGAGAUCACACUGACCUGAGAACACUUGAAAAAUAUUCAGAUAUGAACUUCUGACCAAGGUCCUUCGGGGAAAAAAAAAGCUGCAUCCAGAUGGCUCACAGCUGCUGACACUUGUAGUAGAGACUGAAACUUAAAGAAAAUAUCCUGAAACUGCUGUCUGUAGACUUUAAAGAGUGUACUUUUUUUUUUGUUUUUUGUCUUUUACGUUAAUUGGCUUGAUAGUACUCCGUUUAAUGAGCUUUGUUUGUUGUACUGUUUUGAUCUUGAACAUAGUCAAUGGUGUUUAACCACUGUAUCCUUCUUACGAUUUGACUGCCUCUUGGGUUUUUGAAGGCUGUUGGUGAGAUUUUGAUCAUUUUCAUGUCAAAAGAUUUAAAAAAAAAAUUGAGUUUACUUAGGUUCUUGAGUUCAUUUUCUCCCUGGCAGUGGCAUUAAGACUAUCAUAGGACACCAGGACCUGACUUCUUCACUUUCGGGACACAUUCAAAUAGGUGCUUUUUUUUUUUUUUUAAGAGGGAAGUCUUCUCCUACCUUCACUCAAACUGUUAACAUACAUCCGUUUAACAAGACAAAGCUGUAGUGAUGUGAUCUAGUCAGUUUAGUCCUCUUGGUUUUCUAUUUGGCCAUUUAAAAAAGAUUUAUCUUUAACAAUGUUGUAAUCAAAGCACUUUCAUGCAGGUGAAGCAUACAUGUUCUUUCAUGUCUUUUUAUAUAAAUAAACUAUAAUUUGAUAACUUUUGUCUUGUUUUUUCUCCCAGCAGUUACUGAAAAAAUCAUUGUACUGUUGGGUUCUGAUAAUACUGAGUACAAAUGCUCACAAUUUUCUUUUUUUAAGCCUGUGCUACAUUCCAAAACCUGCAAUGUAACAUUUAGGCCAUUGCCAGUGUCCUUUGAAUUGCAUUGGUUCCUAAUGCCAUGAUGUACAUACGUUUUCUCUCCUAGAAUUGUCUUCUAUCCACACCAUCUUUACAGAUGUAAACAGUUUUUCUCCCUAAAUGUUCAUCAGAGUGGGUCAAUUUGAAAAUGUGAGUCUGGU